AGUGUCCGAGUGGCUGUUGUGAAACCUCAUAUAAAUACGUUAUUAGCAUAAAUCGUUCUGAACAGUCUGAAAUGAAGCCGCGAACAGGACGGAUCGUGAAGAGCAGUUCCCAGAGCUGGCUAUAUGCAUUUGUGGCCCUGAUGAUGAUAGAUGUAGCUUGGGGUAGAGCCCAGUAUGCAUCACCUUAUGGCAAUGCUUAUGCAAUUCAAUCAACAGCCAACUACGCCCAAUCGUAUUCCCAACCAGAAGUGCAAUCGAUAUGGUCUGGAUCGCCUAUUAUUGUGAAUGAUAAUCAGUAUAGUGCCCAAGAACAGCAGCAAUAUCCAAAAAAUAAUGAUUAUUAUGGAGGUGGACCUUACUACAGGCAACCCUAUCCGAAUUGGAGAAGGGAAGAGCUUCCGGCAACACGCGCUCCCAAUCACAAUUACAACAAUGUACCAGGAUACUAUUACUAUCAACAACAGGAAACUACACCCUCACCCCCACUUCAAUAUCCUCAAUCUGUUCCACCUCAACUUCAACCCUAUCCACACUCCAAUUCAGAACUAGAUUCCAGUGCUUCUCGUCGCGAUGAGGAUGAGCAAGUGGUCCAAAUUGGUGGCAGCCGGUCUCUGGCCACAAAUAACUAUCAAAAUAUCUACAAUAACAAUGAAAACUUUUAUGAACCGGCUCAACCCUGGCAGCGUCGUGAAUUUCAAACCAAAUAUGCCCAACAUUAUGCGGAAUAUUUGCGUAAAUAUCCACGACGCCUGCAGCCAGUUUACAAUACCAGUGAAGAUUUCGAUGAGAAGUAAGGAAAAACUGUGUGAAUUUAAAUCUGUACAUAAGCCAAAUUGAAUAAAUCCCCUCAAGAGCCAUUAGCCUUUUGAAAGCGUGCCAAGAAAACAAUUUUGUCUGUAUUCUGGCCAGAUCAAUUGCAACCGAUAAAGAUUAAGAUGCAGCUGCUGAAAAGUCAACAUAUAAGUAAAUAUUUGCUUGAAAGGGAUUGAGAGGGUUCUUCCCACUUUGAAUAUAAAUGGUUUACCAUAAGAAGGAAGGUAAGCAAAUUAUAUCAAUAUAAUUCCAAAGGAACUAUAGAUCUAAAAUAUCUCAUUUAUGGCCAAAAUAUAACUUUAUACCUAAACUACUUUCAAUUUGUUAUCCAAUCGACUAUCCCAGUCCCUAUCCCUAUCCAAACUCUUGGAGAGAAAAAAGCAAUAAAACCUUGUUUAUGGUUUA